AUGCCUUUAAUAAAAUCAAUUCCAAAUGUCCUUUCAACAAGUGUUAAUCGCAUGAUUAAAGGCAAACCUCGUCCAACUUGGAAUUAUAAAUUUCAUGUUGGUUUUAACCUAUUUAAAUCAAUGUUAACUGCAACAUUUGAUAGACCAAUUGAAGAAGUUCAACUAAUAAGUAAUUCAACUAAAAUUUCUCCUCCACUUGAUAUUACUAUAAAAGAAGAUUUAGAAUUAUCUGAUAAUUAUCGUGCAAUUGCUCAAAUUCAUCUUGAAAAAUUUUUGGAUAAAUAUGAUGAUGUUUUGGAUUCAAAAUGGAAAUUUACAAAUGGUCAAGAAUUAAUUGGUGAAUGGGUUUGUUAUAACGAUUUACCAAAAAAAUUUCCUGUGGUUUUAUUUUUACAUGGUGGUUAUUUUUGCAUGGGUGGAACUAAAAUGAUUAGAUCUUUCGCAAUUGAAAUUGCAAAAAUAUGUAAAGCUAAAGUUUUUG